AUGGACUCAUCAGCAGGGCUCAACUCCAGCACACAAGUCCAAAGUGGUACAGGACUGGUGCGGAACGCACUUCCCAGACCUCAUCUCGUCGAACGAUUGGCCCCAAACAGUCCAGGUUCAAAUCCAUUAGACCAUUCCGUGUGGAGCGUAUACUGUAUGAAUGUGGAAAAACUAUGGACAAACAGUGCAGAUAAAGCUAGCCCUGGAAUCAUUGAACCCGGUUCUCCUAACAAACAAGACCAGACUGUCUUCGAUAAUCCAGUGCAGGCAAAUGACUUGUUUAAUGUUCAUGUUUCAAAGCAUCAUGAUCGCUUCAUUUGUAAACGUGAGGAUAUCUUGAUGAUGACGGAUUCAUACACUACGCUCAUCUUACAUGUUGCAGUGCCUAUCGAGUCGUGCUACAUGAAUGUACUACCAAGCUACCGGGUCCAAUAUUAUGUGAGGGAUAAUCGAAAAUCAGCGGGAAUUUCAAGAGAUGAAGUCGCCAUUCCUGAAGCAGCUCUCGGAACAAAUGAACAGCAGGUGAUCGUAAACGUUUUGAGGUAG